AUGGCCCACGACUCCAGCCAGACUGAAGGCUAUGCCAAGCUUCUGCAUGACGCCGUCCGUCAGGGAGACGUGGAAAGCGUUGGGAAACUUGUAUGUGAAUACAAGAGGCCGAAUGAGCCCUUCGAGGGACGUUUGCCGCUCGUUACUGCAAUCCGCAACAAAUCUCAUGAUGUAAUCAAGGUGCUACUUGAACACGGCGCCGAUGUUAAAUUAAAGGGUACAUCAGGACGUUCACCAUUGGGAAUGGCUAUAAAUAUGAAAGACCGGAUACUUCUUGAAACUCUCCUCAGGUAUUGCGGAAGCCUCGCAGAUCAUGCUGAUGAGCAUGAGCCUGAGCCGUUACUCUGGAAUGCUCUGGAAGCGAGAGACGAAGCGAUGGCCCUCAUGCUAAUUGAGCAUGGUGCGGAUAUUAAGCAGAGGAGAAAUGCCUGCGAGUAUUCGCCCCUGAUGGUUGCCUGCCAUGGCCGGCUUCCUCGAGCAGCCCAGAAACUUAUUGAGAUGGGCGCCGAUGUCGAGGACCGAUCGUGGGAUGGCAUGUCCCCUCUGAUGGUAGCCAGUCAGCGCUCGGAUCUCGCCACUGCUAAGAAACUAAUCGACUUCGGCGCCGACCUUGAGGCGAAGAAGCCAGCCGGGGGGUACACGGCGCUGUACUAUGCCGUCUGGUAUCGGCGCCCCGACAUGACGGAGCUCCUGGUCCGCGAGGGCGCCCAAGUCAACCAGCCCUUGGCCGGCGGCUUCACGGCCCUGUCCGUCGCCGCCGACAACAACAGCCCAGAGAUUGCGCGUUUCCUGCUUGCCAACGGCGCCGACGUCAACCGUGCAACGGGUUCCGUCACCGCAUGCAUCUAUGCCGACGGCCUUCACGUCGACGACCUUCCAGCCGACGCCCUCCUCACGCCCUUGCACCUGGCUGCAGAAAACGGCCAUGCCGACAUGGCGAGACUUUUGCUCGACAACGGCGCCCAAGUCAAUGCGGCAUCAACCCGCGGGUACACGCCACUCAUGUUGGCUGCGCACAACGGCCACGCAGACACAGUGAGCAUCUUGAUCCGCAGGGGCGCCGACAUCAGCGCGCACGCCGCCGACGGAUCCAGGGCGCUCUCCAUAGCCGCCUUGUUCUAUGACGGGCUUCUGCGCCGCGAGGUCAAGCUUGGUAGACCCUCGACAGCCCGCCCCCGCGCCUCGAGGUUUGGCUUCGAGAGAGACUGCGAACAACCGCCCCGCCAAUACGAGAGAGUGAUUGCACUGCUCGCCAAGGCUGGCUACGACAGCCACAUGGAGACAUGA